GAAAGAUUUGAGAGGCAGACAGCACAAUUCACUCUUUAUCCUGAGGAUUGGUUUCCCAACGGUUCCUAGAUCAGUCCCUGCAUUUUGGGGAUGAGAGUUUCUUUCCUUGCAAGAUGGAACUGAUCUGACUCCAGACUCCUUUUAGAAGCAGAAGAACGGUCUUCUCCCGCAUUGAGGCCUGAAGCCAUCAUGGCGGCAGGCGUAGCAGCAUGGUUGCCCUUUGCCAGGGCAGCUGCCAUAGGAUGGAUGCCAGUGGCCAACUGCCCUAUGCCAUUGGCCCCAACUGAGAAAAACAAGAGGCAGGAUGAGCUGAUCAUUCUGAAUGUGAGUGGGAGGCGCUUCCAGACCUGGAGGACUACACUGGAGAGGUACCCGGACACGCUCCUGGGCAGCACGGAAAAGGAGUUCUUCUUCAAUGAAGACACCAAGGAAUACUUUUUUGACCGGGACCCUGAAGUCUUUAGGUGCAUUUUAAACUUUUACAGAACUGGCAAGCUGCAUUACCCAAGGUAUGAGUGCAUCUCUGCCUAUGACGAGGAGCUUGCCUUCUAUGGGAUCCUACCUGAAAUCAUUGGGGACUGCUGCUAUGAAGAGUACAAAGACAGGAAGCGGGAAAACGCUGAGCGGCUGAUGGAUGACAAUGACUCAGAGAACAACCAAGAAGGAUCCAUGCCGUCUUUGAACCUCCGGCAGACCAUGUGGCGAGCUUUUGAAAACCCCCACACCAGCACCUUAGCCUUAGUGUUCUACUACGUCACUGGCUUCUUUAUUGCAGUCUCAGUGAUCACUAACGUGGUGGAAACUGUUCCAUGUGGCACAGUGCCUGGGAACAAGGAGCUUCCAUGUGGGGAGAGGUACGCCGUGGCUUUCUUCUGCUUGGACACAGCUUGCGUUAUGAUUUUCACUGUCGAGUACCUUAUGAGGCUCUUUGCAGCCCCGAGUCGCUACAGGUUCAUGAGGAGUGUCAUGAGCAUCAUUGAUGUGGUGGCCAUCAUGCCCUAUUACAUUGGCUUGGUGAUGACCAACAAUGAGGACGUCAGCGGAGCCUUUGUAACACUAAGGGUUUUCAGGGUUUUCAGGAUUUUCAAGUUCUCACGCCAUUCCCAAGGCUUAAGAAUCCUGGGCUACACGCUGAAGAGCUGUGCCUCGGAGCUUGGCUUUCUUCUCUUUUCCCUCACUAUGGCAAUCAUCAUCUUUGCUACUGUGAUGUUUUAUGCAGAGAAAGGGUCUUCAGCCAGCAAAUUCACCAGCAUACCAGCUUCCUUUUGGUACACUAUUGUAACCAUGACAACCCUUGGUUAUGGUGACAUGGUGCCCAAGACGAUUGCUGGAAAGAUAUUUGGCUCCAUUUGCUCGCUGAGCGGAGUGCUGGUCAUUGCGCUGCCUGUCCCAGUUAUUGUUUCCAAUUUCAGCCGAAUUUAUCAUCAGAAUCAGAGAGCUGACAAGCGAAGAGCACAAAAGAAAGCCCGGCUGGCACGGAUACGAGUGGCCAAAACAGGCAGUUCCAGUGCUUAUCUUCACAGCAAACGCAACGGCCUGCUGAACGCAGCCUUGGAGCUGACGGGAUCUAGUGAUGAUGAGCAGCACAUCAGCAAAUCCACCUCGCUGAUCGAAAGCCAACAUCACCACCUGCUGCACUGCCUGGAAAAAACAACUGGAUUGUCCUAUCUUGUGGAUGAUCCCCUGUUAUCUGUACGAACUUCCACCAUCAAGGUUUAUAACAGGGAGGCACCACAGACUUCACCAGACUCACUUCAGGGAUACAGAUGUAACCAUGAGUUCAUAGAUGAGCAGCUGUUUGAGCAGAACUGCAUGGAUAACUCAAUGCAGAAUUACCCCUCCACUCGCAGCCCCUCAUUGUCGAGUAACAAUGGCGGGUCCACCUCCUGUUGUUCCCGACGCAACAAGAAGACGACUCAUCUUCCCAACUCCAACGUGCCAGCCACUCGCCUGCGGAGCAUGCAGGAGCUAAGCACGAUACACAUCCAAUGCAGUGAACAGCCAUCACUUACAACAAGUCGUUCCAGUCUCAACAUGAAAUCAGAUGACGGGCUGAGACCAAACUGCAAAACCUCCCACCUCACAACAGCCAUCAUCACUAUUCCUACCCCACCGGCACUGACACCAGAAGGAGAGAGCAGCCCUCACCCCCCUACGAACAUUUCCACCACAUGCAGCAACAUAGUCAAGGUCUCUGCCUUGUAAGGUGGUGUCGUUUGAAGGAAGCAGCUGGAAUGCCAGCGUCUCUCCCCCUCCACACCUUCAUGUUCCUUUCUUGCUGCAAAUUGUGCCUGGAUGGACCAACCUGACAUUUCGUCAUAGAAUUAGUAAUGGAGACCUAACGAGGCAGCUUUCUUCAAACUUGCAUUCAUGCCAUGGACUGAGAACAGAUGAGGAGCGGGAGGACAAGGUGGGUUGGAGAAAGGGUCUGUGUGCGCCCGCGCCGAGCCUUGUUCCAGGAUAUGAAGCAGAAAAUUGUUUCUGGAGGCUAGAGAAAAAGAACCGUCAUGGCAACAAGAAAGUCAAUAAAGAAACAAAUAUAACACUGUGUAUCUCGGCACCUUUUUAAAGGUUUUUAAUGGAUAAUAUUUAUUCAUGCGGAAAUGACUGAAAAAGGUGAAAAAAACAAUGUAUUUUGUGAUUUUUUUUCCUUCAUGGAGCAGAAUCUUUAAUCAACCAAAAUUACACAUCUUUUUUUUCUUUUAUAGAGAAAGAUUUAGACAAAGACGACAGCUGUCACAGAAAUCUAUUUCCAUUCCUCUGUAUGUGUGUGUGUGUGUAUAUAUAUAUGUAUGUGUGGAAGAACCACAUUGAAACGACACACAAGUCUGAGCACAUUUUCCGGAUUUGGUGCACAGUAUCAAACUGAUUGCACAAGCACAGUGGCACACGUGCACGCGCACACACUCCCACAUACAAAUAAAUCGUUCACCCUGGAUGGCAUUCUUUACUUAGAUGAUUUUGUAACCGCCUUUUAAGUCAAUACAGUGCAACUGCAAACAGUGUGUUUGUCUGCUAAUUAUUGUCUGUGAAAACAUAUUUGUGGAAAAAAAAAAAAAAAAAACAGGCUUUAGUAGAGUGUUAGUCCCACAUGGAUUUCUGCUUUCUCUUUUUGUUAUCACUUACUUGUAAAGAGUGUGGCUAGACUACCAAUUCUGUAUUUUAAAAAAAAAAAAAAGUAGGAAAACUUUUUAAAAACCUGUACACACAAAUGGCAAAGAAAGCACCAAACUCAACUGCACCAGAUCAUCAGAAAUAGGAUAGAAUGUAACCUGUCAUCUAUGCCCAUGCUUUUUUAUAUAUAUGCUAAUAUUGGACAUGCAACCCAUUGUAAAUCGUAGCCAAGUAGUGUCUGGAUCUAGACUUGAUACAAUUAAACCUGGAGCCAACCAUUCGGCAUGGACUGAGAGGGUAUUUGGCUUUUUAACACAGUCCUGUGACUCCUAUUGGCUUACCGAUGGCAUCUGGGUUGCACUGAUGUGGUAGGUAAACUAGUUUAGCAACUUUCGUCCUCCGCUCCCAGAACAGGAGCUACAGUGUGUCCAGUUGAACAGGGGUUUGGAAUACAUGGGAUGUGUUCUGGAACAGACAGCACUUUACUUUGCAGCUCUAUUCUUCAUCUGGGAAAAGUCACACACUUUUAGUCAACCAAAAACUGUAACUCUGUGUGGUACUGCCAAGCUUAAUACUUCUGACUAGUUGUAGGGUGAAUACUGACUGUUCUCCCUGAGAUCUUUCUAGUAACAAUAUGGUCUUGAAAUACAAGGACCUGACACA